UUGUUUUGGUGCCGGUGCGUCAACUGUCUACCUGCGUCUCUCCUCCGUGGCUCCUCCGCGGCUCCUCCGCGGCUCUCAGGCUUCAAUGGGGGGCAGAAACUGCUGCGUUAAGUACUGCCGCUGCCGGUCCCACGACCACCACGGCAGGAAAAUCCCCAACGGACUGACCUUCCACUGUUUCCCCGCCUGGAGGACCAACGAAGGCGGCCACAUAUCGGAGCUGACCAAGCGGCGGAGGGCGGCUUGGGUGGCCGCCGUCGGCCGGAGCAGCAUCACUUUCGACAGCAUCCCGUCCUCCAUGAGAGUGUGCUCCCGGCAUUUCCACUCCGGUAGACCAGCGUAUGAGAUGCUGGAGUCAGAUCCGGACUGGGUUCCAUCUCUAAACCUGGGUCAUCAUGACAGACACCUGAGACGGGCCGAGUGUCUUCCACAGACACAGAAACAAAAACAAACGUCAGAGAAGAGACCGGCGGAGACCUCAGAAGCUCCUCAGACACGAUCAGAGGCAGCAGGAGACUUGUUUCCAUCUCUACACCCGGAUCACGAUGAAGGAGACUCCAGAUGGGCCGAGCGCCUCUCGAUAUCAAAGAAGAAGCAGAUGAAAAGAAAAAGGAUUGAAAUGGAACCGACGGAGACGUUCACAUCUCCUCAGAUACAGUCAGAGGCAGCAGAAGGUUUCCGAAAGCCGUCGGUUCCUCCCUGGAGGGAAGUUAAAUCUGUGCUGCAGUCGCUCCUUCAGACCAACACCACCGUCAGUAAGAAGCCCGAAGACGAGACUCAGGACCGUCCUGCCGCAGACGAGGAGCUCAGCUUCAGAGACUUCUUCAGAGACACUCUGGAGGCGUCGCUGGAGGCCUCCAUCAGGUCCAGAGCUCAGGCCAAGACGUUCCACGUCUGA